AUGGUUCAAGCCCUAGCUUUCCACGGCGCUCUCGUCCACUCUCUUGGCCCCAACCAAGUAGAGAUUCUUGAAAACGCAGGUCUCGUCAUUGGAGAAGAUGGACUGAUCUCUGAGUUUUAUCACGAAAUCUCCGCCGAGGAGCUAUCCAAGGCGCUUCCGAAUAACGUACGUGUCCAAAAGCUUGAAAAGGGCCAAUUCUUAUCGCCUGGAUUCAUCGACACUCAUAACCAUGCCCCUCAAUGGGCCAUGCGCUCCCUUGGCCAGGGUCUUCACAUCCUCGACUGGCUCGAGCAAGUCACAUUCCCUCACGAGGCCCGAUUCUCAGACCCGGUUUAUGCUCGGAAGGUUUAUGAAAGCUGUGUCAAAGGGUUCCUCAAGCAGGGCAUCACCACCGCCUCCUACUACGGGUCGAAGCAUGCCAAAGCGACGCAGAUCCUGGCAGAUAUAUGCAAAGAUUUACACCAACGGGCUUUCGUAGGGAAAUGUAACAUGGACCGCAACGCGCCGAGCUACCUUCAUGACGAAUCUGCCGAAUCAUCCUUGAGGGAAACGGCCGAGUGUGUGGAGCAUAUCCGGCAGAUUGACCCGGCUGGGCAGCUAGUUCGACCUGUUCUGACUCCACGCUUUGCCAUCUGUUGCACACCAGACUUGCUGGCGGGAUUGGGGAAAAUGGCAACUGAAGACCCAUCCUUGGCAAUCCAGACUCAUUUCAAUGAAGCUGAGCAGGAGAUCAAGGCGACGAGGGAGUUGUUCCCCGAGUUCUCGAGUGAAGCCGACCUCUAUCACCACUACGGUCUCCUCAACCAGCGAUCAAUUCUCGCGCAUUGCACAUUCAUGACCGAUUAUGAAAUGGACAAGAUUCUAGAGUACGGAUGCGGCGUUGCGCACUGCCCAAUCUCAAAUAUGACGGUUGGCGGUGGCUUCAUGGCUGCGUCGAUACGCCAGUUCUUGAACAGAGGCAUCAAGGUUGGCUUGGGCACAGACAGCGGGGGUGGCUUCUCUUCGAGCAUGCUUGACACCAUUCGUCAGGCAACCAUAGCCUCCAACGCCCGGGAAGCUAUGUCCAGCGGCAAAGAUAAGGCGCUGUCUCUGGAUGAAGUUUUCUACUUAUCAACGUUGGGCGGUGCCACCGUGUGCUGUCUCGAGGAUAAGAUUGGGAACUUUGCCGUGGGCAAGGAGUUCGAUGCCAUAUGGGUGACUUGCCCAUCGGACGAGUCAUUCAGUGUCAUGACUGUGCGCGAGGAAACAGACGGUUUGAGGACCAUCUUCGAAAAGUUCCUCAUGACGGGGGAUGAUCGCAACAUUGCUAGAGUGUACGUUCAGGGCGAGCUUGUCAAGGAUGGGUUGGUUGCAUGA